AUGUACAUAAGUUUUAAAACUAUAAGGAGUGGAAUACAGCGGCUUUACCCCAUCAUAUUUUCCCUUUCCCUUCCCUCCUGUGCAUGGGUGUACUUAAUUAAUAUAAUAAUAAUAAUAAUUAUUAUUGUUUGUUUGUUUGUUUUGUUUUCUACUCUCUCUCUCUUUUUUUCUCCCCUUUCCUCUCCUUCUUGUUCUUUCCCCUUUUCGUUACAUUUUCAUCCUCAUUUUUUUUUCACUUCUCUCAAUCUUUUGUUACCUCUUUACCUCCUUAAGCGGUGCCGGUUACUUCAUCAUCCCGAAUAUCUCAUUUUUUUUUUCCAAACCUUCCUUAUGGCAUGUUCUUACGGAUGA